CGAGAGGAUUCUGGAUCCUGCAAUCGCUGCGGGGAAUCCAGUUUGCAACCUUGUCUACGCAUCUCGAGGCGAUCCGGAUUGCUUGUUCAUAGAACUCCUCCACGGCGCAGUCACGCUACUCGGACGUACACUCCUCAGUCGCCCGUAUCUAUCUGUCUCAACUUAACCCAUCUCCACCCCCGAGACCGCCCAUCGCGAAUGUGGAAGGACACAGAUCCAGAACGGACGAUUUGCACAUCUGCUAAAAAACCUACCUGCAUAUUCUCCCCUCGCCCGCGAACCACAUCCCGGUCAGCGACGGCACUCGACAUAUCUCUCUCUCCCGCACGCGACAUCCGACACCAGCUAACCAUGCCUCCGCAUCCGCUGAUCUGA